CUGGACGCGCCGAUGCGCGAACUCGUCGUGCGCGCGGCGCUCGAUUUCGUGGACGAACGGUCGUGGGAGACGAACGCGACGUACCUGCGCGUGGUGGAUCGAUUCAACGACGUCGACGCGCACGCGCACUGCGCGCCGACGCGCGCGCGCAUGGUGUUGCUCACGAACGGCGCGAGGACGAGCGGAGGCGAGGAAGCGGUGCGAGGGUUUUUCGGGGAAGUGCACGAGGCGCUGGCGAUCGCGACGAUGAAUCCGAUGCUCGGCGAGGACGAGGCGUUGGGGAGCGCGUUCGACGAGCGAGCGCGGUCGGCGGCGGCGCGGCGGUUG